CGAUACUCCCUACAAACGACUUUACUCUUCAUAACACAGUCCCAUGGAUUUGGACGCGCGAUGAGAAGAAGAUCAGAAUGGAUAGACGCAUUCAGAUCUUCCUAAACAAGAUCUCCCUCGCCUCAAUUGCCAUCGCCACCCUCAUCCUUCUCCUCCUCUACCUCCGCACUCCGGCCACCUGCGUCCACAUCGCCAGCGGCCGCCUCAAGCCUCACCACCGCUUCCCCAAAUCCACCUGCGGCUUCACCGCGCGCCCCUACACCUCCGUCGACAAACGCAACCGCCGCCUCUGGUCCACCGCCGCCUGGAUCCGAACCGUCCGCUCCUACGCGGAUCUCUUCCGGAUCCUCCGAGACAAGCGCCUGUUCUCCGUCCAGUCUCGGGCCCUCGUGAUCUCCGCCGGUCCAGGACACGCCGUCAGGGCGCUCCACCAUCUCGGAUUGAGCGACGUAACCGGAAUCGAACUGAUUGAGUCGCCGCCCCUGGUCAGCCGGGCGGAUCCUCUCAAUCUGCCAUUCUUCGACGGUGCGUUCGAUUUCGUGUUCAGCGCGUAUCUAGAUCGGGCCCUGUACCCGGCCAGAUACGCGGGGGAGAUGGAGAGGGUGGUCCGUGACGGCGGCGCGUGCGUGGUGGCCGUGGAGGAGUGCGGGGAGGGGGAAAUCGAAUCGGUGGCGAAAUUGUUCCGGAAAUCGAAGCUUCUGGGGGCGAUGAACGUGACAUUGGGCGGGGAAAGGAGGACUAGGAUCGUGUUGAGAGUUAGAAAUGGUUAGAAGUUCUCACACUAUUGCAUAGAUAGAAACUGUAUGUUAUUUCCAUAAAUUGAAGAGUAAUUUAUCUAAAUAAGACUAAAACAUAAUGACUUUCCUAAAAUAAGACUAUGUUUUUAUU